GGGUGGAACAACCAUGGCCGCCGAUUUGGGGGACCCCAAAACUCCCCCCGCGCCCCCAAAACGCUUCUUCCGUAAGAGCGUGGAGGUGCUGGAGGAGGAGGAGCGGGGCGAGCGCGGCGGCGACCCCGGCCCGCGGGGCGACCCCCGGCCGGGCGGGGGCGAGGAGGAGGAGGCGGAGAUGAAGGCCGUGGCCACCUCGCCCGGCGGCCGCUUCCUCAAGUUCGACAUCGAGCUGGGGCGAGGAGCCUUCAAAACCGUCUUCAAGGGCUUCGACACCGACACCUGGGUGGAGGUGGCCUGGUGCGAGCUGCAGGACCGCAAACUGACCAAGGCGGAGCAGCAGCGCUUCAAGGAGGAGGCCGAGAUGCUCAAGGGGCUGCAGCACCCCAACAUCGUCCGCUUCUACGACUCCUGGGAGUCCUCCCUGCGCGGCAAGAAGUGCAUCGUGCUCGUCACCGAGCUCAUGACCUCGGGCACCCUCAAAACGUACCUGAAGAGGUUCAAGGUGAUGAAGCCCAAGGUGCUGCGCAGCUGGUGCCGGCAGAUCCUGAAGGGGCUGCAGUUCCUGCACACCAGGACGCCGCCCAUCAUCCACCGCGACCUCAAGUGCGACAACAUCUUCAUCACCGGCCCCACCGGCUCCGUCAAGAUCGGCGACCUGGGGCUGGCCACGCUCAUGCGCACGUCCUUCGCCAAGAGCGUCAUCGGGACCCCCGAGUUCAUGGCCCCCGAGAUGUACGAGGAGCGCUACGAUGAGUCCGUGGACGUCUACGCCUUCGGGAUGUGCAUGCUGGAGAUGGGCACGUCCGAGUACCCCUACUCCGAGUGCCAGAACGCCGCGCAGAUCUACCGCAAAGUCACCAGCGGCAUCAAGCCGGCGAGUUUCCACAAGGUGUCGGACCCCGAGGUGAAGGAGAUCAUCGAGGGCUGCAUCCGGCAGAACAAGGCCGAGAGGCUGUCCAUCCGGGACCUGCUGGACCACGCCUUCUUCGCGGAGGACACGGGGCUGCGCGUGGAGCUGGCCGAGGACGACGCGGGGCUGGAGGCGGCGCUGGCGCUGCGCCUCUGGGUGGAGGACCCCAAAAAGCUCAAGGGCAAGCACAAGGACAACGAGGCCAUCGAGUUCAGCUUCAACCUGGAGGCCGACGUCCCCGAGGAGGUGGCCUACGAGAUGGUGAAAUCCGGGUUCUUCCACGAGAGUGACUCCAAGGCCGUGGCCAAGUCCAUCCGGGACCGGCUGGCGCUGGUGAGGAAGACGAGGGAGAGGAGGCAGGCGGAGAUCCGGGGGGGCCCCGAGAUCCGGGGGGGCCCCGAGGGCCGGGGGGGCCCCGAGAGCGAGGACACCGAGGUGGAUCAGCACGUCAGGCAGCAGCUGCUGCAGGAGCAGCCCCCGCCCGGCCCUGCCGAGGGGCUCCCGGACAGUGUCCCCCCGCCCCCGGACGUCCCCUGCGGUGUCACCGCGGCGCCCGAGCGGCUCUGGGGGUUCCCCCAGGGACCCCAGGACGGGGCGUCCCCCCCCGUGCCACCGGCGGUGGCGCAGGGGACAGAGGGGACAGCGGAGGAUGGCACAGGAGGAGCCGCCACGGAGCCACCCGGGCCUGCAGCCAGGCCCUGGAAUGUCACCAGGUCCUGGGAUGUCACCAGGUCCAGGAAUGUCAUCAGCCCAGGGGGUGCCACCAGGUCCUGGGAUGCCACCACAGGCAGUCCCCACCGUGCAGCCACAGCUGGUGCCAGGGAUGUCACCAGCCCCAGGGAUGGCAGCUGUGGUGGGGAUGGCACCAGCUCUGGGGGUGCCACCACUGUCCAUGAUGCCACCAGCCAUGGGGAUGUCACCGGCCCCAGAGAUGCCACCUCCAUCCAUGAUGCCACCAGUCGUGGGGAUGUCACCAGCCCCAGGAGUGCCACCCGCCUCAGAGAUGCCACCACAAUCCAUGGUGCCACCAGCCAUGGGGACAGUCACCAUGCCACCAGCCCCAGGGGUGCCACCAGCCCCAGGGAUGCCACCAGCCCCAGAGAUGCCACCACCAUCCAUGGUGCCACCAGCCAUGGUGAUGCCACCAGCCCAAGGGAUGCCACCAGCCCCAGAGAUGCCACCACCAUCCAUGGUGCCACCACCAGCAGAAGGGAUGCCACCAACCCCAGGGGUGCCACCAGCCCAAGGAAUGCCAGCUCCACCCAUGAUGCCACCAGCUGUGGGGAUGCCAGCAGUCCAAGGAAUGCCACCUCCAUCUGUGAUGCCACCAGCCAUGGGGGUGUCACCAGCCCCAGAGAUGCCACCACCACCCAUGAUGCCACCAGCCCAAGGGAUGCCACCAGCCAUGGGGGUGUCACCAGCCCCAGAGAUGCCACCACCACCCAUGAUGCCACCAACCCAAGGGAUGCCACCAGUCCAAGGAAUGCCACCUCCAUCUGUGAUGCCACCAGCCCAAGGGAUGCCACCAGCCAUGGGGAUGCCACCAGCCCCAGAGAUGCCACCACAAUCCACGAUGCCACCACAAUCCAUGAUGCCACCAGCCCAAGGGAUGCCACCAACCCAAGGGAUGCCACCAGCCAUGGGGAUGCCACCAGUCGUGGGGAUGUCACCAGCCCCAGGAGUGCCACCCGCCUCAGAGAUGCCACCACCACCCACGAUGCCACCACCACAAUCCAUGCCCCAGAGAUGCCCCCCCCGUCCCCAGUGCCACCCCCGCUGCCCCCCGGCCCCGAGGACGCCCCGGUGGCCGCCGAGGCCGCGUCCCUGCUGCGUGUCCCCGAUGUCCCCGAGGCGCCGGGGCCGCGCUGCCGCCAGCGCCGCGCCUCGUGCCAGCGCUCCGCCCGCUUCCAGCUCACCGUGCUGCAGGUGUCCUCGGCCGGGGACAACACGGUGGAGUGCCAGCUGGAGACCCACGACAGCAAGAUGGUGACGUUCAGGUUCGACGCGGACGGGGACGCGCCCGAGGACAUCGCCUGCUACAUGGUCGAGGACAAUUUCCUGCUGGAGGGGGAGCGGGACAAGUUCGUGGAGGAGCUCAAGGCCAUCGUGGCUCAGGCCCGGGAGCUCCUCGGGACCCCCGCCCCGGACCCCCAGGUGGGACCCCUGGAGCCGCCGGCGGGGGCAGGGGAAGGGCCCCCCCAAUCAUCGCCCGUGGGGCGCUGGAGGUUCUGCAUCAACCAAACCAUCCGGAACCGAGAGGCCGGCGGCCCCGGGGGACCCCCGCCCCCCAGCAGAGCCCUGGGGACGUCCCCCCAAGUCCAGGGGACACUGGAGAGCGCAGUGUCAGCGCAGGACGGGCCGGGGGGGCCGGAGCCGGGGGUCCCCAAAUCCCAGGACCCGGGGGUCCCCCAGGAGCAGGGGCUGGCUGUCCCCGAAGCCGAGGAGCUGGGUGUCCCCCAGGUUUUGGGGACAGCUGUCAGCGGCCCCCAGGAGGCGGCUGAAGCCCCGGGAGCAGAGAGGAUCGACUCCGAACCCCAAAAUCUGGGGGCUCCCCAAAGCCCGGGGCUGGCUGUCCCCAGCCCGUGGCAGCAGGAGGGACCCGGACACGAGGCUGUCCCCGGAGCUGAUGGGCACCGGGAGCCCGGGGACACAGAGCCGGGUGUCCCCCAGGGACAGGGGACAGUCACCGGGCAGGAGGGACCCGGGGACGCGGGGCUGGCUGUGCCCCACCCCCCCGGGCCGGACGUGUCCCCAGAGCCAGGUGACCCCCAAGGACAGGGGGCGUUGGAGGGACCCCCGGCAGCAGAGGCCGCGCCCCCCGCCCGCGCCCCGCCCGGGGGCUCCCCGGGGUUCCCGCUCUGCCCCCGCCUGCGCAGCCCCCGCAAGGGUUGGGGGCGCCGCCUCCGGAGCUGGGCCCGCCGCCUGCGCCCCCCCAGCGCCGGGGGGGACCCCCACUCAGAGGAGCCAGAGGAACUCGGGGACCCCCCAAGGCGAGGGCACUGCCAGCCGCCCCCCGAGCCCCCCGAGGCCGAUUGGGGGGGCCCCAGCUCGGGCAGCGAGAGUGGGGGUCUGGGGGGACCCCCGCACCCCCCCGGAGCCCCCCUGCUGCCCCCGGGGUCCCCCGAGACCCCCCUGAGCAGCGACGGCGACUCGGAGCCCGAGGACGAGGCGCUGCGGGAGCAGCUGCGGCGGCUGCGGGAGAAGCACAUCCAGGAGGUUCUGGAGCUGCGGGCUCGGCAGGACCGGGAGCUGCGGGAGCUGCAGCGGCGGCUCCGAGCCCUGCGAGAGGCUCGGGGGGACCCCCCGAAAUGGGGAGGGGGCUCCGGGACCCCCCCCCAGCGCGGCCUCGGGGGUCCCCGCGGCGGCCUCGGGGGGCCCGGGCGCGAGGGAGGGGCCGGGGAGUGA